AGUGAAGGGGAACACGUAAGGGAAUUGGCAGUUCACGGCCUUCCUGAUCCGCCGAGCCCCAGAAAGGUACGGUGGGCGCAUUCUUUUUCCCAGACAUCGGCCACUCCCUCCAAACCGCAUCAUCUUUGGCAAUUCGCGUGGACAAGUCCACUGUCAUCCUACUUGAAAGCCAAAUCCUAGUGAAUCUGUUCUUUCUUAUGGUCGGACAGCGAUAGAGAUUUGACAUGCUGACUGACAAGAUUCGGCUUCCUCACCUAACCUCCAUGUGCCGCCAAAGGACAGCCCUAAUCCAACAAUCACCCAUAGUCGACGCUGUCCAUGACCUCGCCGAGUAAUGGAGAUCCUCUUCAGCAGCCGGAGAACCCACCUUCUAUCCCAGUCCUCGAUGUGCGCAAGACGAGGACUCUGGCGAGAGAUGAGUCACCAGAGACCUCCACCACCAGCCUUCCCAUCCGCACAUCAAGCCCUUCGGCCCUAGGGUCGCGGACGAGCACGCUGUCUAGUGUGCUUUCACGUUCAAGCUCUCCCAAUGGCAGAUUGUCAUUGUCAUUCGCUCGAUUCGGUCGCUCGCAAGUGAACAGCCCACUAGGUAAUUCAUCGGAGACCUACGAUGAUACACGAUCCCUAAUCAUUCGGGCCUUUUCACCCACAGUCGCGAUCUAUGCUGCGCCCGAGGUAGACGAGCUUGCAACGGGCAAAGGGAUAAAAGAUGGUUUCACGGGUUUGAUCCGGCCCUUUGGCAAUAGAGUCAGCGGGAAAGUUGUGGUGCGAGACAGCAGCGGCGCGAGCAGAGCAUGGGAGGAUUUUGGUGUGCACUUCGCAGAUCUUGGCCGACUGGUCGAGGAUGGGACGUCCUCAGCAGACGCCGAGCACCUAGAAAAGGUGGAAGAAUUAAUGGAACAAUUCAUCGGAGAAGGCUUCGACGACACGGCUGAUGUGCCUGCAAGAGGAGAGGUCUCUCAUUUCUACAAAUUGUUUCUAUCUCGGUUGCUCUGCUCGACGACCAUGAGUCCGCAUGAAUCUUUCCGACAUCCGGUAGGGGCAGUCAUUGCAAUCAGCUCUUCCACGAAACAACCUAUUGAGACACUACGAAGUCUUUACCAGCAGACCGCUCAGGGCUCUAGAGCGCUACCGCCAUACGCCAAUCCGGAAUACCUCCGGUAUUAUGUCCUUGUCCACGAUGAGGAUAGAGAUGACUUCAGCAAGUCGUCGGCUCUGUUCGACCAGAUGAAGCGCCACUUCGGACUCCACUGUCAUCUGCUGAGACUAAGGUCUACUCCGUGCACCCAAUCCGAUGACGACAGCGAAGAACUGCCCGUUUGCGAAUGGCUUUCACCCGCAGAGCAGCUAUCCAUACUUCGCGAGACAGCUCAACUCAUUGACCUCAAUAUUCCGACUUCGCCCUACAUCUUCUCCUCGGAUGCAUCGGCACUCCGAACCUUUGUUCGCGAACUCAUCGCCCAGUCUAUAAUCUACCAUAUGGAGCAGAGAAUUGCCCUCUGGAAUGAACAAAUCGCUUCACGACGCCGGGGGAUAUCUGGCCGGUUCAUGUCGCUGUCUAAGCGCUGGACUGGCAUUGGCUCGUCGUCCCGGAACUCAUCUUCGGCCACCAACCUCGGCGGGUCAGGAGCGAGCGGCAACUAUGACAGUUUGCAGGGCACAUAUCGAUACGAUGUUCCGGAAAGUCUUUUACGGAAGUUAGCAGAUUAUGCGUUCAUGCUGCGCGACUACAAACUCGCCGCUUCGACAUACGAGCUACUUCGGUCGGACUAUGCGAACGACAAAGCGUGGAAGCAUCUUGCCGGCGCCAACGAAAUGUGCUGCAUCUCUACUUUAUUGAACCCAUUGACGAGCAGUGGGAGCACCAAGUUCAAGGUCGAAAACUUUGACCAGAUGCUAGAGACUGCGAGUUAUUCAUACUUGACGCGUUGUUCUGACCCUGCACUGGCAUUACGUGCGCUCCUUCUUGGUGUCGAACUUCUCAAAGUACGUGGUCGAACAGCAACUGAGCUUGCAGCCAAAUGGGGUAUACGCAGUCUCGAGCUCGGUCUAGUAGGGAGUAUAGGCCACGUCCUGGUCAGUGAGCGAGUGGCGUCAUGUUUCGCCGACCGUACAGGGCUCGGCAAUACCAGCUGGGGUACGCGGAAGCGAAAAGCUGCACUUUGGAACGUCAUGGCGGCCGAUGACUGGAUGAAAUUGGGACGUGCUGAGGUUGCUGCCGAGAAACUAGAUGAAGCACAAGAACUCUACAACGAAACCAAGAACAGUCAAUCAAUCAAGCAAUAUCACGAAUUGGCAGAGUACCUAGAACAAUUACGUCUGGCUGUGAGGAUGAAGUUGGGAGAGGCUCGAAAGAGAGGCUUCAGUGGCGCCACCCGACAAUUGGAAUUGGAUGGUGCAAUCGAGGGCCAAGAGGAGGUUGAGGACGAGACCGUGGAAGAGAUGAAUGCACUAGAGAACGCUGACAGUAGAAUCAACCGGAGAAGUCUGCUGGGCGUGGCAGGUGGUGCAGUGGUUGGUCCUCUUGAGCCGACACCCCUGAGUCCAGUCCGCCUGAACCGGCGAGAUCCAUUAUCUCAAGGAGACGAUGAUUUUGAAUGAGUGAAUGAAACGAUUGUAAAUUAGGUUACAGAGAUUGAUCGUCUAUGGCCACAAGUAGAUCGAGUUCUUAAUGGUGUAAUAUGAAUUGAGCACGAGGCUGACUUCCCUUUUUCGCCUCACGUCG